AUGACAACCACAGCGCUGGUAGUACAGCACUUUGCAAAGGCACCGCUCAACACCACAGCUCGGCGAUCGGUCAAGGCUCGUGAAGACGAUGUGAUCCAACGCCUGUUCCUGCAUCGUGUCCUAAGAAGCUUUUCUCACGACGACAGAAAGUUUGGAGUGCGUGAGUGGGAACAGCCAGGGAUAAUUUGUUGCGCCUCCACCAACGACAUAUCGCAUAAUUAG